AUGUCUUCUUCCCUUCAGAUCGACACCUCCAGCCUGGUCGUACCAUCCGCUUCGUCCAGUACCAAACCAUCCCCUUCAGUCGGACUCACUACUUUCCCAAAUCCAUUCGAAGAUGAACCGGAACAAGGGAUCUUACCUACCUUGCUAUCCAAAGUCAAGCAGACUUUUACUUCAUCCUCGUCCUCAACUAAUCCAACGCCUGGAGGAGGAGGAAGUAGCGCCGUUGCGAAUAGUAGUAAAGACAAAGGAUCACCCGUGGAAAAUUCGAGCAAACCAGAAACCGAAUUGAGACCUAAACCCUACCAGACUGAGGCUCAGGCUAUAGCAGAAGCGGUCAGAAAAGGUGCCCAACAAGCUGCUUUGGCAGCUUCUGCUAGAAUACAAGAUCAAAAUCAGAUUAAUGUUCCCGUACAAAGUACGAAUGGUAGAAGACAGUCAUCCGGCCCUUCUACUUCAAUUCAACCUUUGUCGAGUACUACCACUGUGACUCCAUCAGUGGAGAUCUCUCGUCCAGUCAACAUUCAAGCUACUUCUCCAAGGAAAUUACCUAGCAAAGCCCUUCGACCACCUCUCAGUACGGUGAAUUCGGUAGGAAGUGCUACGUCUUCAGUCCAAUCUCCGUCUAUACUAUCUUCCUCGCACUCUCAAGCACCUACAAAUCGAAGGAUACAAGCUCCCAAUGAAAGACAAUGGAAACCUUCUCUAGCUGCUCCUGCACAAGUUACCAUCUCACCCGUUACCAGUGUGACGACAACCGUACAAGCUUCAGCUUCUGCCUCUGGGUCUGGACCCAGUAGUAAAAGACCACAAACACCUGAAGUGACUACGCCGUUCCCUGCUGGUCCGGGAUACAAUAUCAAUCGACAUCGUUCAUCUCAUCAUCAUAAUCCCUCUCAUGGUGGCGUGCCCUCCUCGAGAUCAAUGACGCCACUACAUCACCAUGUUCAUGUUAACUCCUUGUCCAACCCCGUCCAAAGGGUCCGCAGAAGCUCUAUAGCUACUCUCCCCGACUCACCAAGUUCACUAUCAAUAUCAACUAUGUUAGCUGCCAAUGCGGAACUAUCAACAAAUUUCAAUUACGUUCCUGGAUUUCCGCUGAAUCAGGACGAUACGAGAUCCAUCAGGAGUUUAGGUGGUUUUGUAAAGAAGCACAACUCGGUGUCGAAGAUCAUAAGGAGGAUCAGGGGUGAAGGGCUGAGCAAACAUUAUUGGAUGAGUGAUGAUGCUUGUAAAGAAUGUUAUGAUUGUAAAUCGGUAUUCACAGCAUGGCGAAGAAAACACCAUUGUCGUAUAUGCGGUCAAAUAUUCUGUUCUCGGUGCGCAUCCAAUAUCAUCGGAGCCAGAAGGUUCGGUCAAGAAGGUGCAGUCAGAGUGUGCAACCUUUGUCUGAAGAUCAUGGAAGAAUACAGAGACGAUGAUGAAGACGAUAGAAGAUCAAUCAAUUCCGUAUCGACUUCUGUUCAUCGAUUCCCCAGUAUAUCUGAUCGAGCAUUCUUGGACGCAGCCAUCUCUCCUGAAGUACCUUAUGCCAAAUCACCUUUUGCCGCCAGUCAGCUAUUCACGAGUCAUCCCAAUGAAUCGCUCACUGCUAUCGACGAGAGCUCCGUUCCGACCAGAUGGGGAGGGGAGAAUGAUCUGGAUAGACCAUAUACCCCUCUUGAGAUUGGUGGGGGAUCUCAACUUUCCGAUUCGGAAGAUGCACAUAUAUGGACAAGUAGUCGACCUCAGACUGCAGCACCGUUCAGAAGACCAAUAGAAGAUGAACAGGAAAGCAAUCAUAUCCCAGAAGACGGAGUACAUAACGAACAAGAUGCCUCUCAGCCGCAAUCGAGUCCUAGUAGCCCAGAAGCUCUGGCAAGUGGAACUCAAAGUAGAGCGGAACCUGUCAGUAAGAAAGGUAAUAUGGGUCCACCGGCUUUACCACUUCCACCUCGAGUAGAAUUCCCUCGGACCGAUACCAUGUCGACUGAUGGUGGAUUGGAGACGAGAGUACCCCUGACUAGAAUGGACUCCAACUUGCCCUUGAUAGGUCUCAGGACGAGACUCAGCUCUAGAGCAAGUCAAGGUGGACUGACAGCUCUGCUUGAUUCUGAAAAGUCAGAAGGUUUAUGGAGAGCUAGAUCUCAUUCAUUUGCACAAAAGCCAGAGCUCCUUUCUGGAGCCAGCUUAAGCCAUUUCCACCUCAUGCUUCAGCAAGCUAUCGCUCGGGCAGACUUACCCCACCCUCAACAAUGGCAUCGAACGCUUAGCAAUUUAUUGCUAAAAGUGUCCACCAAUCUUCAACCAAAUGUCAAAGCAGGUGAUGAUAUCGAUGUCCGAGCUUAUGUCAAAAUCAAGAAAGUCCCGGGAGGAAAGAUUAGCGAGUCUGAAUAUGUGGAUGGAAUAGUGAUCAGCAAGAAUGUAGCUCAUAAAGCCAUGCCUCGUCGAUUGGUCAAUCCCCGAAUCAUGGUUGUCACCUUUCCCCUGGACUAUCAUAGAGUGGAAAACCAGUUCAUGUCGUUAGAUCCGAUUCUGGCUCAAGAGAAGGAUUAUCUUCGAUUAUUGACAAAACGUAUUAUAGAUGUCCGACCACAUAUUGUCCUCGUCCAGCCAACAGCUUCGCGUAUUGCAUUAGAGUAUCUACUAGAAGCCAAUAUAGCUGUUGCUAGAAGCGUCAAAGUGUCGGCUAUACACCAGGUAGCAAGAUGCACCCAAGCUGAUGUGGUGGCUUCUAUGGAUCGACUUGCGCUGGAACCUAGAUUAGGAAGAUGUGCGGAGUUUAGGAUUCAGUCGUUCGAACAUGAACUCAUACCGGGAAGAAGGAAGACCUUGAUGCGGUUUGAAGGCGGGCACAGGGAAUAUGGAUGUACUAUCAUACUACGAGGAGGGGAUUUGGAGACUCUAAGAAAGGUCAAAGUGGUCACCGAUUUCAUGGCUCUAGUGGUCUACCACCUCAAGAACGAGAUCAUCCUUUACAACGAUGAACACAAUAUAUUCCCUCCUCAUCCACCAUUACCAAUAGAAUAUCAGGAACUGCUAGACGUGCUCAAGGAGGAAGAAACAGUCUCCCAUGAAAAGUCGGAAUCUAAUGCCACUAUCAUACAAAUCACUGAUGUUGACCAGGAUGGUGAACCGAUAACACCGAAACCCGCUGAUGACGACGAUGAUGAAGAUGAGAAACAGGUGGAACGUCGUGAAGCGUUACAGACCACUAAACAAAUCGCUCAAUCCCUUCAACCCUAUCUGACAACCGUCCUUUCAGCUUCUGCUGCUAUACGAUUUCCCCCUCCAGCCACGCUCGCGAAAAUGGCAGAGCUCGAUCGUGCGCUAGCGAACUUACGACAAAGUAUCUAUGACGAAGAGGCUGCUCAGAUUCUGCAGGAGGAAACAAAGAUCGUAGAACCGACAAAACCAACUGGUCCUAUCGCUGAAUCAGAUUCAUCGUCAACCUCCCUGUCCACAACAGUGAAUGAUAAUACUGAAUCGACCACAACUGAGGUUUCAAGUAGUACAGCUAUGAGUGCGAUACCCGUCCCAACUGCUCCGAUCAAAGAGGCCACUCGCGAUCCUUAUCGAGUGUUACGAAAACCUGAAGAAGUCGCUCGUGAAAGUGCAUUGGCUCAAAUCGAACAUAACCACUUCGAACAACUCAAGCUAUGGCAGUGGUAUACCCGUAGAUUUACCGAUCCACUUCGAGCUGAAGAUUAUCAGGGAAUCGUAUAUCUCUAUUCACUAGGUUGUGAAGGUACGGAUAAACCGUGUGUCGAACCUGCUUUACAGACUAUCAAUUUCUAUCAAGCGGGGGAUCAUACACUUGGACAAUUCCUUGAAGAAUUGGCUCUCAAUGCUGCCCAGAGAUGCACCAGCAAAACAUGCGAGAGAUUAUUGCUAUUCCAUUUCCAUCUGUUAGUUCAUGGUGAAAGGCGAUUACAAAUUGCUAUGGAUCAAUUUCCCUGUCCAUCGCCAGGACAUGAAGAUCAGAUAAUCACGUGGUCGUACUGCCGACUAUGCGCUACGCCAUCACCCACAACGAUACUAAGAGAAGAAACAUGGAAAAUGUCCUGGGGAGCGUACCUAGAACAUUGUUUUUACCCUCCAGAAACCCGAGCUGGAUUCACUUGUCCUCACGAUGCUUUCAGAGAUCAAAUUCGAUAUUUCGCCCAUAGGAAUCUAGCGAUAAGAAUCCAUAACGAACCUGUAGAUAUAUAUGAACCGUUAAGACCAUCGAUAAGCCUACAGGUCAAAGCUGAAACUAAAGUCAUAUUGAAAAACCAGGAAUAUGAAAGUGCCUUACAUAAGAAUACAGCUUUCUUCGAUUCGGUUUUGUUUAGAUUAAGAAGCUUUGAUACGGAUAUUUGUCCACCUGAAAAAAUCGGAUCACUCAAAACAGCUUUGGAAAAUAUGUUAUCUCGAGCUGUGGCGGAUAGGGAAGAAAUGGUUAAUCUCCUUAACAGGACUUACAAGUUGACUCCGAUGACGGAUGUCUUGGCUUUGAACACUGUCUUGAGAACGCUACAAGAUAAGGUCGUACAAUGGGAUUCCGACUUUGCCGAAAUCGAGAAAUCAUUCAUGCCAUCCGAAAAAGACUUGAGACGAAUGACUGCAACUCAUCUCAAACGCCUCUUUGCGAAUCAAGAUGUCUUCAACUCACUCGAUCGGAAUGUGGCCAGUCUGACCGUAUCUGAAGCGGAUGAAAAAGAAGUCAAAGAGGAUAUCUCUUCUGAAUCGACACCGGCACCCAGUGAGCCGGUCACACCGGGCUUGGAAUCGACCGAUACCGACAAUGCCAGUCUGUCGGCCGCGCCAUCUGUCCUCGAUCUCAAUAGUGAUACUAACACGCCUGUCGGCGGAGUCAUUCGUGAAGAACCUAAUCCCCUAUCUCAUCCGCCUACUCCAAGUAGGGAGAGGGAGUAUGAUAGUGAUUCUACUAUAUCUGCCAUCAGGCGUGAUUCGCCUGAAAGAAGUCCGCUGAGGGUGGCCGAAUCAAGUGGCCUAGAUAGUGAUACGCAUCAAUUCAUAUCUCGUUUACCUCGUCGAUCUAGACCUGCACCAAGCAUCGCCGACCUUGUCCAACGGUUCAACGAUGUCACCAAGCUUCAACCUUACGAAGCGGUCGAAGAGCCUGAACGUCCUGGUUCCUCGGCAUCGGUCCGUCGCAAAGCUCGUAGAAGCCCUCAUCCUGAGGCUUCGGAUAGCGAUCAUAGUCCCAGGACACGACCACGCUUACGAAGAGGAAGAACCGAACAACCUCCUGUCCGAUACCGGGAAGUGAACAAACCCAGCGGUCUGCUUUCGGAUGGUGAUCGAAGUUAUGCCACCAAUGCCUCUCGUAUCCCUUCGACUUACAGUCGAAACAAAUCGCUUGCCGGACCAUCAUCUGAACAUCUUCGACCUGGCCUGCGAUCAAGAACGCCAUCGUAUACUGGUAGGCUAUCGCCUCGAUCACCUCGAUCUGCUCGGGUCUCACUCGAAAGACCUCAAAGAUCAAGUACCGAACCUGUCUCGUCAGGUCAGCCACAGGGUGCACCGCCUUUAGACACCAAACCUCGUAUGACAGGUAAAGGCAAAUCUCCUCGACCGCCUGAGCCAUCUUCAGGUCGUACAUCCCCGGGUCUCGUUCGUACCGCUGCUCGACGUACACUUGCCAGCUCUUCUCGUGUCACCUCCAUCGCCAGACAUUUCGAUCGAUUAUCCCGUGAAGCUGAACGCGAGCGUCAGAAGCGUAUCUCAAUGGUUCGAGGUAAACGAGCCAGACCAGUAGGAGUGACCAAAGCGAAAGUACAAGUCUUCGAUAAUUUACGAGAUGCCUUCAGAGACGAGUUCGAUACGGACUCUUCCGAAGCGGAUAAUGAAGAAGAUGACAUGGGUACGGAUGAUAGUGCUGAAUCAGCUGGGGAAGUGGAUGAAGAUGGCCAACCUAAACAACGUAGAAGGUCUUCUCCAACUAAAUCCAGAUCACGGAAAAAUUCACCUGUGAAAGCUACAAAACCACUGGAACCUAUCCCUGUCCAACCUUCGGCUUCACCGUCUACAGAAUCUAUCCCCGAACAAGCAGAGACGAAAACAGAUGAAAUAUCUAUAUCGGCAUCGGGAACUUCUCUGGCCACUCAGUCGAUCUUGAGUGAUACGAGAUCUGAAAUGUCUUUUACCGAUAGAUUACAAAUUGAAUUACCAAGUUUCGAAACUAGUGCUCCCUUACCUAGCCAUCCGGUAACCCCACAAUUAUCGAUUGAUACCGCGGAUGAACUGCCCAAAGGACCUCAACAUCCCACGAUGUCGCAGAUGUCUCAGAUGUCGGAAAGUGAAUUAAGUUCAGGUGGUGUCGAAAGAUCAAGUAUACUCAAAACCUUGACUGGACUAUGGGCAUUUAGGGCUGGUGAUUUCACCCCUCUCGAAUAUCCUUUAUCUGCAUCCGAACAUCUGUUCGCUGACUCAAGAGUCAUCAUACGAGAAAAUGAACCUACGAGUAUCAUCGCUUUUACCCUCAGCUCGAAGACUUACAGGGAUAAGAUGAGAGAAGCCAACCAAUCUAAGAAUGGAAGUGGGAAUGGUAGAACGGAAGCUUUCAUGCCUGAUGAACAUCAUCAUGGGAAUGAUCGAGCGUCUACGUGGGAUAUCGUCUCGAUGGAUGAGGCUAUGGAUAAUGAAAAUGAUCUGAGGAGAGAAGGUGGAACACACUUGAAAUAUGACUUUGAGUCUGGUGCUUCGACGAUCUUCUGCAGGAUCUUCUUCGCUGAGCAAUUCGCUGCACUGCGUUCUGCCUGUCAAUGUGAAGAUAGUUUCGUGGAGUCACUCGCUAGAUGUGUUCAGUUUGACGCAUCGGGUGGUAAAUCCGGAUCAGCCUUCUUGAAAACUAAAGACGACCGAUUCAUCGCCAAAGAGAUAUCUCGAUUAGAAAUGGAUGCAUUGACUAAAUUCGCUCCUGCAUAUUUCGAGUAUACCCGCAAAGCCUUUCAGGGUCAGAGACCAACGGUCUUAGCUAAAAUAUAUGGAUUUUUCAAGAUUGGUUAUCGAAAUGCUAUCACAGGUCGAUAUAUGCGGAUGAACGUUUUGGUCAUGGAGAAUCUAUUCUAUGAACGAAGGUUUUCCAAGAUAUACGAUCUGAAAGGAAGUACGAGAAAUAGAUUGAUUCAGCCUACUGGACGGAUCAAUGAGGUUCUUUUGGAUGAAAACCUGAUGGAGAUCGUAUAUAAACAUCCUUUAUAUCUCCGUGAUCACUCGAAAAGAAUACUCAGAACGGCAUUAUUCAACGAUACGCUCUUCCUGUCCAAUUUGAACGUUAUGGAUUAUUCACUCGUAGUUGGAGUUGAUUCGGAGAACCAUGAACUGGUAGUCGGUAUCGUAGAUUAUAUAAGGACCUUUACAUGGGACAAGAAAUUGGAAUCUUGGGUCAAAGAUUCGGCUUUCUUAGGUGGAGCAGGCAAAGGUGAACCGACAAUCGUAACUCCCAAGCAAUAUAAACUUCGUUUCAGAACUGCAAUGGAAAGGUUCUAUUUCCCUUCUGUUCCUGAUAGAUGGACGAAGGUGGGAUUGGAUGAAGUCCCAAUUGAAGAGGAUGGGCAGUCAAUCUCAAAUAACAACAGUUGA